AUGGUCACCUUUCUCUCCCUCCUCCUCACACCCCUCUUCACUCCCUCCUCGCAUGCAGCGCAAGAAUCUCCCCACAGCAUCAGCUUCUACCCCGUCGCGCUCAACCACACGACCUACAUCACCAACAGAACCCAAGGCACACAUGGCGGAAUCUACAGCGCGCCCGUCCACCGCGCCAGCGAUCCGGACGAGAAUGACCGCUACAACUACUGUACAAUGCCGCAUCCGCGACCGGAGACGUAUGUCGCGCCGGAGCCUGUCGCGAAUGGAUCGGUAGCGGCGACGCUCGUGUAUGUGGAGUAUAUGCAGAGGCAUCAGCGGAGGACGCCUUACAAUCUUUUAUCGGAGCUACAGGACCAAGAAUACACCUGCGACGACGUCCACCCCCACAUCUACGCUGCCCCCGCACCCGAUAACAACAACCCCGCUCCCAUCCCCGUCUACGGACAGACCUACACAGACCCCACAAACCCCUUCCUCACAGACACCAUCCCGGGCACAUGCCAAUACCCCCAGUUAACGAAAGGGGGCAUCCUAGACGGGUACCGACACGGGCGGGACCUGCGCGCCGUUUACGGGGGUAAUAGCCUCCUCUCGGAGACAGGCCCAUCAAGUCAGGUCUGGCUGCGGGCGAGCUCGUCCGCACUGACGCAGGGGUCAGCUGGGGCUGUUCUGCGGGGUUUGUGGCCCGAUUAUAACGGGGGAAUUGCGCUGCGACGGCAGACGGAGGGGAUCGACACGGUGGAUAGUGGGUUUACCUGUGCGGCUAGGGAGAGGAUGUUGGAGCAGAUGAAGGCGGCGAGGGUGUGGAGGGAGCACUUGGGUGUUACUAUGGUUUUGCGCGAGGAGCUGGGGGAGAUGUUUGAUAUAAGUGAGGAGGAAGAAGACGGGGCAUGGAUGAACUCGUUCGAUCACUUUGCGGAUGCCUUUCAGGCGCGCGUGUGUAAUGGCUAUGGAUUGCCAUGUCGGGCGAAGAAAGAGGGCGAGAAGGAGGGCGAAAACUGCGUGACGCAGGAACAAGCAGAAGAGGUAUUCCGCGCAGGCGACUGGGAGUGGAACUACUGGUUUCGGGGCAGUGAUCUUGCCAAAGAGUACAUCCAACUGGUUGGAGGGCUGUUCAUCGGGGAGAUAGUGCGACGGCUAGAGGGGGUGGUUGAGGGACGUCCAGACUGGGUGUACAGUCACACUUUUAUGCACGAUGGGGACUUGGGGCCUGUGUUGGGCGCGUUGGGGAUUCGGGCAUUGCGGUGGCCCGGGAUGGGGGCCAAUGUGGCUGUGGAGGUGUGGCGGACUGAUGGUGAAGGUUUUUAUGCGCGGGUGUUGUAUAGUGGACGGACGGUGGAGACGAUCCACGGGACGAUGGAGUGGAUGCCGUUGGGGGAGUUGCUGGAGAUAUUGGGGGGAUUCGUGCCGGGGGAUAUAGUGUCUAUGUGUGAGGAUUGA